AUGAAAAUUCAUUUUAUUUGGCUGGUAGCCAGUAUUAUUGGUAUUGCUACUGCAACGCCUCUACCACGACAGAAUGUCGACGCCACAUACUUUUUUACAUUCGGAAACUCCUACACAGACACAACAUUCUCCCCAAACAAAACCGCCCCAUCCGCCUCCAACCCCAUGGGAAACCCUUCCUUAGGAACCGGCACAACAGCCGGUGGGACAAACUGGGUCGGCUACCUAACAGCCACCCAAAACGCCUCUCUGGUUCUCUCGUACAACCUUGCUGUCGGCGGCGCAACGAUCGAUAAUACCCUUGUAUCCGGGAAUCCGAAAGAUCUUGUCUCACAGUUUGAUGUGUUUCAGUCGACGUAUGCUGAUAAGGAUGCUGCGGGGUGGACGGGUGAGAACGCAAUUUUUGCGGUUUGGAUUGGAAUUAAUGAUAUUGGAAAUGCGUACUCAAAUACGGAUGCCGAGACAUUUACGUCGAAGUUGAUUGCGCGAUAUAGAUCGCUGGUCGAGAAGAUUUACCGUGACGGUGGCCGCAAGUUCCUCUUCCUCAAUGUGCCGGCUGUUAGCCGUACGCCUGAGAUCCAGAGUCAAGGGAAAGAGGCCGCCAAAUCGCAUGCGAAAUACCUCUCAGUCUUCAACGAGAACGUCGAGUCGAUGGUGAAGAACUUCACGACCAGCCAUAAAGAUACAACCACUGUGCUAUAUGAUUCAUGGUCAUUUAUGACCAAGGUGCUGGAUAAGCCCCAGAGCUAUGGCUUUCCGAAUGCCACUUGCGUUAACGAUGAUGGGCAUAGUUGUAUUUGGUGGAAUAGUUACCAUCCGACCUCGAAGUAUCAUCAGCUUCAGGCGGAUGAUAUGAAGGCACAUUUGGAGCCUCUUGGGGCGUGGUAG